GGAGCUGGACCGGGUGCGAGGUGAGGUGAGGCGGGGCGGGGCGGAGUGGUCUGUUGCCGUCACAUCCCAGUCAGUUCGCGUUGAGGCGUCCUAGAAGCAAGUCGACGAACAUGAAGCUCCACCUUGCCGCCUCCGUCGUCCUCUGCCUCUGUGGGUUGUCGCUGUCGCAGCCCCGGCAUGGCAGGCUCAACCACGAGUCCCCUGUUGUGCAGUACCGCCAGCAGCAGCAGCGGGAGGUGGCCGUCGACAAGUUCAACUUCAUCGACCUGGAGCUCCUAGAGCUCGCCGCGCAGAACGAUGCCGGCAACAUCGUCCUGUCCCCCGUCAGCGUCAAGACGGCGCUGUCCAUGCUGUGGGAGGGCGCCGACGGGAGCACCGCGGACGAGAUCGGCGCCGCCCUCCGCCUCACCGGCCGCAGCAGGGAACUCCAGGAGAACAAGCUGCACCAGUACCAGAAGGACCUGAUGUUCGUCAAGAAGACGCUGAAGAAGGGCGAGCUGGUGCCCAGCUCCACCCUGGAGCUGGCCAGCCAGGUGUUCGUGUCGGACAAGUUGGCACUGAACCCCAAGUACCAGGAGGCGCUGGCGCACUACCGGGCCACGGCCCAGUCGGUCAACAUGAGCGACACGAUGCAGUCGGCCGCCGCCGUCAACAAGUGGGUCAACAUGGCCACACACGGACUCGUGCCGAGUCUCGUGGAGGAAUCCAGCUUGAGCGAGGAGACCGUGAUGGUGCUGGCCAACGCCGUCUACUUCCAGGGCAAAUGGCAGACGGCUUUCGACCCCGACUCGACGAGCUCGGGCACUUGCUUCUACCCCGACACGGGCGAGUGCCUCAAGGUGCAGAUGAUGGAGACCAUGGGCACCUUCAAGAGCAAGCUCGUCCACGAGCUGGACGCCACUUUGCUCGAGAUGCCGUACGAUGACGGGCGCUACUCCAUGCUGAUCUUGCUGCCCGAGAGGAGGGACGGCAUGCCACAGCUCAUGCGGAACCUGCUCUUCGGCAACCUUCUGCAGGUGCUCAGCAAGGACGACAUGGAGGAGUCCGACUACGUCGUUCUGCUGCCCAAGUUCACCAUCGACUACGAGGCGGACCUUGUGCCCUUCCUGCAGAAGCUCCACGUGAAGGAUGUCUUCACCCCGUCGGCCAACCUGACCCGCAUGGUGAAGCAGGACAUGGCCAAGCUGCUGGAGCCUGCCGUCAGCAACGUGUUCCACAAGGCCAAGAUCGUGGUGGACGAGCGCGGCGCCGUGGCCGCCGGCACGUCGGGCGCCCUGGUCGUGCCGCUGAUGGGCGGCCCCCAGCCCAAGUUCAAGGCCGACCACCCCUUCCUGUUCUUCAUCCGGGAUAGCAAGACGAGCAGCUUCCUGUUCGCGGGCCGCGUGUCCCGACCCGACGAGGCCCCCGCCGUGCCCGCCGCGCCCGCCGCCGCCAACGAGUCCGUGCCCGCCGCCGCCUCGCCGUCCGCCUCCGAGCCCGCGGUCCCGUUGGUGUCCAUGCGCGUUCAGGAGAUGAAGCCCGCCCCCGAUGCGGAGCAGGCCAACAUCAAGUUCCCAUCAAAUAGCAAGCAGGAGUAGAAUGGCGCGUGCUUCGCUGCUUUGCGUACUCCAAGUGGUCAUUAGAAUGAGCCGGCUAUACUUCACGCCCCGAAACGUACUAUCUGUACACUUUGACUUUGUUUUGAAGUUUCGAAACAGAUGAGGACGAGGACGAGAUGGAGGAGGAGAAGGUGAAGGCGAAGGAGGAGAAACGACAAAGAGCAGUAAUUUAUUUCCCAUCGCCGAAAAAAUUCCCCCAGUGUUGAUACUUAAGUAAAAGUAUGUACCUAUGAGACUUUUGUCAUGCCAUACGUCAACAUUGGACGGAGCAUUGUUGGGCGACUGUAGAGAUGGCCAUAUGCUACGUAUGCCAUACUUUUUCCUCACAUACUGUUGUUAUGCCCUUUCUUUUUCAGAGGAGACUGUUAUUUUAUUAUUAUUUUAUUUUAGAUUUAUAGAUUUGAUGUAAACGUUAAGGAUCGAGUUUAGUUUGACUAAGAUAAUAUUUAUGUAUGCUGUGAUUUCCGUACGGUGGUUAAUUACUUAAUUUGUAUUUUUUUUUAAAUAAAACGUUUUUAGAAGUUAUAGUUAA